UCGUAACUUUCACUUUCGCUUUGGAUGCUGAGUAACUGUGGAGGCUUUUCCGCGUCGCACUCGCCUUUAAACUUGUGAUAAAACGUGUUUCCGUGUUUCUCCGCGCUGAGCUGAGCUGAACCCGCCUGCUGCUGCUCUGCACACCGACAUGGCUUCGCUGGAUAUUCGCCUCGGGUCGAAGAAACAGGUGGAUGAUUUCUGCCAGAAACUCACCAAAGAGGCAGAGGAGCUGGUUUCCACGUUCUUCCCUCAGAGGAUGGAGGAGCUGCAGAUGCUGCUGAAGACCUCUUUCAGCUGUGACGACCUGGCGUCCCUGAAGGCUCCGCUGGACAUCCCGAUACCUGACCCGGCCAAAGAGGAGGCCAAACGCAAGAAGAAGGAGGAGAAGGAGGCGAAGGAGGGGAAGAAAGACAAGGACAGCGAUAAAGAAGAGGACUCAGGUCCUCCCUGCGGUCCCAUCUGCAUCAACGAGCGGGUGGAGAGUCUCCUGCAGGAGGUGAAGCCUCAGAUCCAGACCCUGAAGGAGAAGCUCAACACGGUGUCGAUGUGGGUGCAGCUUCAGAUCCCUAAAAUCGAGGACGGUAACAACUUUGGUGUGGCUGUGCAGGAAAAAGUGUUCGAGCUGCUGACCAACACUCGCACCAAGAUUGAGGGAUUCCAAACUCAGAUUUCAAAGUAUUACAGUGAGAGAGGUGAUGCUGUAGCCAAAGCCUCCAAACAGCCGCACGUGGGAGACUUCAGGCAGCUGGUUCAUGAACUGGACCAGUAUCAGUACUGUGAGCUCCGCCUCGUGAUCCUGGACAUACGCAACACAUAUGCUGUGCUGUUUGACAUCAUUAACAAGAACUAUGACAAGAUAAAGAAGCCCAGAGGAGACGGGAAGGCUCUCAUCUACUGAGGCUGGACUCGGCACAUUCGCUCACAGGCUUUCAAACAGGAUACAAGUAGUUUAGUUUAGUGUGACACAGUCAUCGAGUAACCAAACGCCCACUGUGACAAACGUGCCUCCACUUUCUUACUGUGCAUGCAUUUUGGAUCAGAUGGCAUAAUAAACUAACAUGAUUCUGA